AUGGGUGAUGAAAUGAGUGUGGAGCAGGAAGCGGAAGCAAUUCUCGAGGCGGAAACGAGCUUCGGGAUGCGUGUGUGGCAUCUGCUGUUUCUAUCCUGCGGAUCCGUGCUUGGUGUCGUCAUCAUGCUGUGCUGCUGCAUACGGUUCCGCAUUCCCCGCACCAAGCAGGACAUCGAGGCGGACUACCAUCGGAAGAAGCUGACGCGAAAGUUCCGCGAGCGGUUGGACUGCAUGAACAAUGCCGAUAUCGACGAGAUGGAUCUGAUCAAAGCGCUCGAGCGUGUCCGGGAGGACUAUGUGGCGGAACAGGAGAAAGUGGCGAGCAAGGAAGCGGCCGAAAACAAGGAUAAUCAAGCAAUUGUUACUGUUUGUGAUAAUGUCUAA